ACUGUUUAGCGAUUUUUUUUGGAAGGCUCUGUGGGCGAAAACAAUAGUUUUGGGGAGGUAUUUAAACGUUUUAUAAUGGAACUACAUUCAGUUGAUAAGGACGUUCUGGAAGGAUAACAUGGAUUUCACUUUUGCGAGCGGCAAAACAACGUCAACAUAGUUAGUCACAAUGUUGGUCCUGGCUGGAAUCGUUGUUCUUCACAUUACUGCCAUCAUCCUGCUUCUGGUUGCAACCAUUGAUAACGCCUGGUGGCUCACAGACUCAGUGGCCACAGAUGUGUGGGGCCGGUGGGAACUGUCAGGCUCAGCUUGGCACUACACCAACCUCAAAGGAGACUAUGCUGAAGAAUACCUCCAGGUAGUGCAGGCCGGAGCAGUGCUGGCCUGCAUCUUCUCCAUCCUGGGCCUGUUUGUGUUCGUGGCUCAACUCUUCACCUUGUCCAAGGGCCAGAGGUUCACCUUCUCUGGAGCCUUGAUGCUCAUCUCCUGUCUGUGUGUAAUGAUUGCUGCGUCCAUCUACACGGACAUCUUCCACAAGCAGGACCAGGGCUGGUUCGGACACUCUUUCAUCCUGGCCUGGAUCUCCUUCGUUCUCACCUUCAUACUGGGCGUCAUCUACGUGGUCCUACGCAAGAAGAGCGAGUAGUGGAACAAGGAAUGAAGGGGAGAGGAGGAUUGUAAGGAAGGAUAGUUUUUAUUACGUUUUUGCAUUGUGUUGGAGAGGGAUGGAGGGUAGGGGUCUUAAUUUGUUUAUUAACAGUCCCAGUAUUCCGAUUUUUCUUGUGAGGAGGAAGGUGGUACAGAAGGGGGGAGAGCGGACCCCAAAGAAUUGUAUGCACAAUCAAUUUCUAUGCGGACUACUGCAUGCCUGUUCAAAUGGGAGAUUUGUCAUGUGUAAUUGAUAUAGUACUGUAUAUUUCAAGGUAUGCUACAUACCUGUUGCAGUACUUGAACAAUCAGCAAACAAGCUUAAUUUCCAGUACAUGUUUUAAAAGGAAUUUGAAUUUUUAUUUUUUAUAUCUGAAGUAUUUUAUAAUCAAUUGUAAUUGUUUUUUGAUCCAAAUACAUUGUAACCGUUUGUUGUGUAAUUGUCGUAACGUGUAUUCUAAGUGCAUUUUAAUAGUGUGUGAUUCUGAGUUUUGGUUGGCUGCUAUAUCAAAGUAAAUUUUAAUCACGUGUGUGAUUCUGAGUUUUGGUUGGCUGCUAUAUCAAAGUACAUUUUAAUUUGUACAAGUGAAAAAGGUCAACCAGGAACAGAGGUCAAUGCGGUGUAUGUAAUAUCACCAUUUAUUAUAAUGCAGUAGAGGGAUUCUGUUGUGUAAUUACAUUGGAAUUUAAGCCAUGUUUGUUCAGACUAUACAAUUUAUUAACAAAAUAAAAACGCUAGAAAAAAAAGCAGAUUUUUCAUUCA